ACAAGAGAAGGACAAGAUUCACUCCAGUGUGGAUCACUUUAGGAUUGUUUUCAUGGUGGUUCAGUUUGUGUCACUGGGCAUUUCUACAACGCGUUUGCUUUCCUUGUAAAGUUCUUGCACUUUCACCCAUUGCGCGUUGUUGAUUGUAAUAAUGAACAACGACUCUCUAGCGUUUGGAGAACUGGACGCGAAUGUUUCUGAGCCGCUGCAGCCUUCUCUCGGUCUCAGCCACAACCACAGUGCGCUCCGGCUCGACUCUAAGUCUCUGGUCACUUCAGCCACGAUGUUCUCAGUGGGGGUGCUGGGGAACCUCAUCGCCAUAGCCGUGCUGUGCAUCUCCAAAAAGGAACAGAAGGAAACCACUUUCUACACGCUGGUCUGCGGGAUGGCCAUCACGGACCUGUUGGGCACAUGCUUCACCAGCCCGGUGGUGAUCGCCACAUACGUCGCCAACCGCUGGCCUGGAGGUGCGCUGCUCUGCCACUUCUUCUCCUUCUCCAUGCUCUUCUUCGGCUCAGCCGGUAUGUCCAUCCUGUGUGCCAUGGCCGUGGAGCGGUACCUGGCCAUAAACCAUGCGUAUUUCUACUCCCAGCACAUAGACCGGACGAUGGCGCGUUUCGCGCUCCUGGUCGUCUACCUAGCUAACAUCGUCUUGUGCAUUAUGCCCAGUUUUGGCUUCGGGCAGCAUGUCAGACACUUUCCCGGGACUUGGUGCUUUCUGAACUGGAGGGCGAUGGACCCACUGGCAGCCUGCUACUCCUUCCUGUAUGGCGGCGUGAUGCUGUUGCUGAUCGCAGUGACAGUGUUUUGCAACUUGGCGGUGUGCAGGUCGCUGGUGGGGAUGAACCAGAGGACGGGGAUAGUCCGGACGGAGUCGUGUGAUCAAGGAGGUUCACGUCGCCUCUUCCCCCGGCUGCCGUCGGUCACCUCAGCGGCGGAGAUCCAAAUGUUCGGGCUGCUGAUCUUCAUGACCAUCGUUUUCUUGGUCUGCUCCAUCCCUUUAGUGGUGCGAAUCUUCGUCAACCAGCUGUUUGACCCUGCCUAUAUUUCUGCUGGGGGGGAGCCUGACUACCGAAGCGACUUGUUGGCGAUCCGCUUCGCUUCAUUCAACCCCAUAUUAGACCCCUGGGUUUACAUUCUGUGCCGGAAAAACCUGCUGCUGAAGGGCUGCGAGGGGCUGAAGAGGACGGUGGCGCACGUCAGGGAUGGUCGCAGAAGCAACACGGGCUGGGUAGAAGGUCAACACUCCCCUCCGACUUUAAACAGCAACGACACCAGUUACGCGUCAUUACGCACGGCCAGCUACAGGAACGACUUGGAGCACCAGGCGUCCAUCAAGAAUCAAAACUUUACAGACUUCGCAAUGAGACAAGCGUGGGAGUACGAUACCGCCCGGGUCAACUUUCACCCGUUCAGCGUGGAGUCGACCACCAUCCUCGGGUGUGAUGAGGAAGUAGCGGCUGAUCCUCAACAGGAGGUGGCGGCCAAGUCUUCUCCAGGACGCAGCUCGACACAGCUGCUUUCCGGGCAAGUUAUGAGAGUGGACAUUGUAACGUGCACAUUCAGCACACCGAGCUCCUGUCAGUCACAGAAGUGUCUCUGAUGGACAUUUGUCAACCCAUGUUCUCAACAGCAAAGUGGUUCUUAUUCAUUUAACUGAGAAAUAUCAAUGCUCUGUGAUAAACUCUAAACUACACAUCUAUUGUAUGAUUUAAUGCUGCAGAAAGGCCUGUGCAUUUCAUUUGAAUGUUUUAAAGGAACAUUUAACACAGCUUAUUGUGCAGGAUGACACAUCUAGUUUUAUAUUUCCAGAAACAAUCGUUGUUCACAUGAGGCCAAGGAAACCGCAGGAUUCCGCCUCAACUUAACUUGUGUCAUUAUGUUUACAGUUAACUUAGUAGAUAUCAAAAGUGGCAAAGAAUCACUGGUAGCUGUAGAAAGAUCUGUUUUGUAACUUCUACUGAAAGUCCACAGUCACCAUUAGAUGAAGCCUGUGGUGACCAUUUCCAACCAUGGGAAUUUAUGCUCAGUAUAAUCAUCAUACCCUGUGGGUACAAAUGUGACUCUAGUAAGAGUUUGAUACACUGUAUGAAUUCAUAUGUGCCAUUUGGAAAACAUGUUUUUUCCUGAUGUGUGGUCGUUACACUGAAUCUCAUACUUUUUUUAAAUGCUGCUAAUUUGCUCGAUGCCAUUCCACAGUGUUGCAUGUUGCAGGGACAACUGAAUGUAGACCUCCUGAAACCAUGUCAAAUUUAGAUUUAUAUUUCCCAUUUCCAUAUGAUGUUUUGAUAUGUGCACUUGUAAACAGCCAAAUUAAACACAUCAGUUUUUUUUA